UUGGCAGCACGGUUAUAGGGCCACGUUUGUGUUACGGUUGGACGUAACGGGCCAAAUCUGUUUGUUGCAGCCCAUCAGGCGUUUCGGCCAGCCCACGUUCGUUGGAUGACGUUUUAGCCCACGUGAAUUUCUCGUUCCAGCCCACAAUACACACACAAGUACGCGUUUCUUCAUCUCCGUUAUCGCGAUCUUACUGAAUCCAUCCACAACUGAGCUCGGACACCUCACGUGAACCACGGUGACUCUGCUGCAUAUACACUCAGCUACGACGACGGGAUUCGCGACGAGCUCAACUCAAAUCAGGAUAUGGAUAUAUAUUCCGAUGUAACUGAGCAGUUUAUUAUUGAAGAACUAGCGGCUAUUACGGGGGUGGCACUUGUUGCGGCCGGUGAGGCUAUGUUUCAUAAUCAAUGUACACCUUGUUGGACUUCAUGGUACACAGGCCAUAUGUACAUGACAGACUUGUUACGUGGUAAUAGAAAAAAAUGUUUGUCUGUGUUGAGGAUGGAUAGAAGGGUGUUCAGGGACUUGUGUAGUGAAUUGAGCACGAGGUAUGGCCUCACACCAUCUCGUGAACUAAGUGUAAAGGAGAUAGUCGGGAUGUUUGUUUACACGGUAGGAAAUGGUGUCGGUAAUCGUACUGUGCAAGAUAGAUUCCAGCAUUCUGGAGAAACAAUCCAUCGCCAGUUUCAUAAUGUAUUGAGUAGUUUGAUUCGGAUGUCAGACGAUAUUAUCAGACCAAGGGAUCCAACAUAUUCGACAGUCCCGAAGUACAUAGAAGAAGACGACAAAUAUUUUCCAUACUUUAGGGAUUGCAUCGGGGCAAUUGAUGGUACACAUAUUCAUGCGUCAGUCCCGAAUGAUGAUCGGACAAGAUUCAUUGGGCGAAAAGGCGUGACCACGCAAAAUGUGAUGGCGGCAUGUGACUUCGAUAUGAUUUUCACAUAUGUGUGUGCGGGUUGGGAGGGAUCGGCGCAUGAUUCGCGAAUUUUUAGUACGGUUCUCUCUAAUGGAAACUCAAAGUUUCCCCACCCUCCCCCUGGAAAAUAUUACUUGGUUGAUUCAAGAUAUCCGAAUCAAAGUGGAUAUCUAGCACUGUAUAGGGGACAGAGAUACCAUUUAGAGGUAUUCCGAAAUGGUCUUGAUGUAUCGACACCACGGGAAGCCUUCAAUCAUGCACACUCAUCUCUCCGUUCGGUUAUUGAGCGCACAUUUGGGGUGCUAAAAAAUAAGUGGCACAUUUUAUCAACAAUGCCCCCUUACUCAUUUCGCACUCAAGUGAAGAUUGUGGUUGCAUGCGCAGUUUUACAUAAUUUCAUACGAUUGCACGCAAUGGAUGACCCGGACUUCACUGCAUAUAGUGAUGAUGACCACAAUCUUCAUGUAUCAGGCAUGGAAGCCAGUACCAGUGGAGUUGGAGCGAGCACUUCGGAGGACCAACCAUUCAUUGGUGAGGAUCUAGAGAUGGCAGCUCUCCGCGAUAUGAUUGCGGCAGAAGUGUUUGCAUCGUACUAG